AUGUACCGCAUCGCGGGGCGUUCGCACAAUCCCCAGCCUGACCUUUAUCGCGCAGUAAUCAUCAAAGAACUGAUGAUGAAUCUAGGUGAGGCGGACCGCUCUUCCGAAAGAAUCUCCGCAAACGUCAACGUCUCUUCCAAUUCUGUUCUUGGAGCGGGAUAA